GCGAAAGGUAGUGGCCAGUUUAAGGCGAUAACACUACGUCGUGUCGAAAACUCACUCUGGAUCAUUAUGUGUUACUAUGUUUAUUGAUGGACGGUUACCUGCAGAAAACUUAGGUAUUUGGUCCAUUCCCAGUGUUGUCUGCAGGUGCGUUCGCCUAUCGGCCUUCUACUGCGCUGUUUUACUACGCUAGGUUCGAGGUUUCUAGAGAGGAGCACUGUUGCACAUCCACGCACUUCACGCCAGAGCUACUCGGUAUUCAGCGCCUAGAACUGAAGCGUUCGAAUUGUUUCAAUUUCACACACGCGACUUAACAACUCGGUAAAGAAAAUGCCGAACUAUUCGUGUCCGGUGGAUGGGGAGAUUGAGAAGUCGAACGCAGUGCUGGCGUUAAUAUCACUCAGUGUGUUCGUAGGAAUGAUAAUCACAAUUGGCGGCAAUGUUAUGGUGAUGAUGUCAUUUAAGAUCGAGCGCCGUCUGCAUCGCCCUAGCAACUAUUUUUUGUUGAGUCUUGCCUGUGCUGAUGUUAUCAUCGGCGUGUUCUCCAUGCCAAUAUACGCAGUGUAUAUUCUUCUUAAAUGUUGGCCAUUCAGCUCCUUUAUGUGUGAUCUUUGGUCAGCCGUGGACUUCGCUGUGUCCGAAGCGUCCGUCUUGAAUUUGAUCAUGAUCAGUAUCGAUCGAGUUUGGUCAGUGAGUAGCCCGACAUCGUAUCGCAACAAUAUGACAAUAAAGCGCGCCAUCAUGAUGAUCAUACCAACUUGGGUUUGUCCUAUUCUCCUAUAUUUUACAUCUAUCAUUGGUUGGCCAUAUUUUUACCCUAACAACGAACCUCGACCCGCCAAUCAAUGCUACAUUCAAUUUAUGUACGAAUCUCCUUUAUUUAUGACUAUUUCAACCAUUUGCGUUUUUUGGAUACCGCUAACGAGUAUGGUGAUUAUGUAUUCGUAUAUUUACUACAUCAUUCGUGGACUAACGCGAAAGAAACGCAAUAAACAACAGCUAAACGCGACUGCACGUAGUAAUGCCAAUCCAGAUUGUGUUGGAACGGUUGUUACAGAGCAAGGAGCACAAUUGGCGACAAUUGACAAUACAAGUAAUGUUGACUCUGCCUUUCAUUCAGGUAACGGCAAAACUACUAGGUACUCCGCACUGCCCUUGAACGGGGCCUCAACUACGACGCGAUGCGAGUGUGCACCUCAAGAAAGCCGUCAGGCCGAAACUGAUGUUGACGACGAUACAUCAUCGUCUGACAAGAAACUGGAAAGUAAACUACCAUCAUCAGGACGUAAAAAAACAGAAGACGAGAAAAAACAAAGUUUAUUGAAAAAGCAGCCUGAACACACAAAACGACAGUCUAAAAAGAAGCGAUCGGGGGGCGACCGCCAAAGCAGAAGCGAGCGAAAAGCUACCCGGACUCUCUCAUUUAUUCUCGGUGCUUUUUUCUUAACAUGGAGCCCAUAUUGUACAGUUGUAAUAAUUAAAUCAUGGGACAACGACUCGGUUCCUGAAUCCAUAUUCAAUUUGAGUUACUGGCUAUGUUACAUCAAUUCAACGAUUAACCCGAUAUGUUAUGCACUUGCAAACGAGCUCUUCCGUAAUACAUUUAAAAAACUGUUAACUUGCAAACAAUGCCCAUGUUGAUGUGUUUGUUGUUAAGAUAAGAUAAAAUCGCCAAAUAAACUAAGAAAAUACUGGAAAGUAUUUGAGUAUAUAAUCGUCACGACGCCUAAUGCCAUCAGUAUGUCGACGUAAAACACGGAGGAUUUCAGUAGUGCGGCCCAUCUUACCUUAUUUUGAAAGAACGUAAUCAGAAAGAAAGUUAAUGGUAUACAGUUGGCCUCUCAUGUAAUAUGACUAACUCUGAGAAAGUAUAGAAAUUCUCAUAAUUGUGCAAUAUUUAACAAUUGCGUGUUAUGAUUUUCCCUUAAAUUCCGGACGGCUAGCACGUUUUAAAUGAACUGAAUUUAUUCUGGGUAUAAAACAUCAGUAACAAAUUGAAACGCAUAACGUUUAAUGACACCUCCAAUCAAAACGUUGAGUUUAUAUACCUCUAAAAUUAAAUUAACACUUUAAAUUGCCCAUUAUACAGAGCCAAAUAAUAUGUUAUCAAUUUUCAGUAACUUACAGAUCGAAGAAAAAUAUCAACUUUCUCUGAGUUAAAUACAUUUUAAUACGGACCUAUUACAGGGGCGGAUUUAGUGGGGGGGGGGCGGCC